GAGAGCUAGACAGACACAGACAGCUAGCUAACAAUAUCGGAUUGCCUGCUGCAGAACUCAACUAAUUCCCCUAGAUUCUUUCAGAGCCCCUCCAUGCAAGAAUGUAAGUGAGUUGGUGUACACUUGUAUACGUCCGUGUGCCUGACAGUCAGCCUCUCUAUCCUUCUCGCCACAUCUCUUCUUGGGGUCUGAGUCGAGCCAUGGAGGUGGUCAAGCCUUAUCUCCAAGAUGGCUGGCAGGAGGAUUGGAGGAGGGAGCUAGAGGAGAAGAGGAGAAGGAGGACCUGGAAGGAGAGGCUGAACUGUCUGGUAUUGAGGAUGAGGAGGAUUGGCAGGUACAGCGAAGACGACGAAGGAGAGGAGGGCGAUGAUGAUGAAGAUCCACAGCAUGAGGAUGAGGUGAAGGGAGGGGAGAUGAGGGAGGUAGAGAUAGAUGUACAGGUAGAGAACAAAGCUGAUAGGGUUGACAGUGUGAAAAUAGGGCAGUGGAAAGAAAGAAAUGAGGAGAAGGAUAAAAGGGAUGGGACAGGACAACAUCUCAAAUCCAAGACUUACAAUUAUAAUUCCCCUGGCUCUCCAAAACACCUAGGAGAAGAGUUCAAUGACGCCAGGGAAAAUCUCCUCAAUCAGCAGGAAGAAUCAACCGACGAAGAAGACACAGGGGUGAGCUGUUCCACUGAGGAAGAUGUGGAAAGUCUGGGUGAAACUCAGGUCAAGGUCUACACCAGACACCGUUAUCCCACGGACAUCUUCCACACUUUGACCGAGUUCAGGGACUCUUUGGUCCUCACAGACCUGACCUUGAGCACAGUGGAUGGGAGGACGUCCUUCCAGGUUCACUCCCCGGUCCUGGCUGCCAUCAGCUCCUUGGUCCGGGAUACACUGCGGCACCGGGACCAGGCCAAGUCCGGAGAAGGAGGAAGAAGUCAGGUACCGGGCGAUGAGACGGAACCGGAGGUCCAGAGCUGGUCCCUGUGUCUGGGUCCUGAGGUGGACCUUGUCGGGCUCCAGGCGGUUCUGGACUUUGCCUAUAGUGGAGAGGUACCGGGCCUGAGCGGAGGCACCGUGGCCCAGGUGCAGGCCGCCGCCGUCGCCCUGGGGGUCCCAAGAGUGCUGGAGCUCUGCCACAGGGGAACCCAACAGAAAACGUCAAGCAAAAACCAGGACAACGAAGCAGAAGGUGCGGAGAGCCGUGCGACAGAGCAGAUGGAGAUCAGUCUGCGGGCCCUCAACGAGUUACGGCUGGAGAAGGUGGGAUGGGACGUCGUUCUGGAAGCGGUCGGGGCCUCUCUUCCUGCCCACAGGGUCAUCCUGUCCGCCUGCAGCGACUUCUUCCGGGGAAUGUUCACACACGGCAUGAAGGAAUCCAGCCAAUCCACGGUGACCCUCCCCUUCCUGUUGGCCUCCGAGCUGGAGGCUCUGAUUGGCUGCUCCUACUCAGGGGAUCUCCCCCUCAGUUGGGAGUGUGUCUUUGAGAUCACCGGAACGUCCCUUCAGCUCCAAUACCAGCCCGCCCUCUCCUUGUGUCUCAGCUUCCUCCAGAACGAAAUCGACCCCAACUCUUGUUUGGACGUCGCAUCCUUUGCGAAGGCCUACGACAUGAAGCGGCUUCUCGAAUUGGCCGAUGGCUUUGCUCUGAGCCAGUUCGAGCGGGUGUCGCGCACGGCAAAGUUCAAGUGUCUGCCCGCCAAACAACUGCUCAGAUACCUGAACAGUCGCUCACUGUGGGUCUCCUCGGAGCUGGUGGUAUUCAGAGCAGUUGUGGCUUGGAUCCAAUACAAGCCCAGGAAAAGGUCCAAGCUUGCCAAGCAACUGAUGAAAACAAUUCACUUCGCCCUGAUGACAUUCAAAGAGUUCCAGGAAGUUCAGGCCGCCGACAUAUGGGCUGAGGACAACCUGCUCGUGCUCUACAAGAGAGUCUCAGAGGACUUCCUCUCCAACGCCGCCAUAGCUCCGAGUCAAUGCCGGAUCUACUUCCCGAAGGAGACUCUGGUCCUGGUCGGCGGAGACCAGAUCACGGAGGACCUGGGUUCCCGCCACAGCAGUCGGGAGCUGUGGUUCGGGAACUCCCUGAGGAACCACACAGGCAUGGCGAAGAGCCUGGAGUGGAGGUGGUUGGGGGAAAUGCCAGAGCCUGGGAGGUUCAGUCACGAAGUGGCUGUGCUCCACGGACAGCUGUAUGUCGUCGGUGGAAGGAAGUAUUACGGCGCGGGAGACAUCUUGAACUCAGCCUACAGGUUCGACCCCCUGGGGAGCGUCUGGCAGCGGCUGAGCGACAUGCACGAGCAGCGGUGUGGCUUCUCCCUGGUGGUCCUCGGUGAGACGCUGUACGCCAUCGGGGGGGAUUCCCACCGCGGCUGCCUUGACAGCGUGGAGCGCUACUGCCCCGCCACCGAUGCCUGGAGCUUCACCUGUCCAAUGAGCAUGGCUCUUACUGGGCACAGCGCCAAGGUUUUGGACCAGCUGAUCUUUGUCUGCGGCGGCUUCGACGGAGGGUACCGCUGUCGGGCGUCCAUGUCGCUCUACCACCCGGAGAGAGGGAGCAGCGGGCUGGCAGAAAUGAGCCGCCCACGCGGGUACCAUUGCAUGGAGGUCCUCGGCGGCCAUCUCUACGUGGCGGGUGGCGUAACCACGGACGAAGGGGACGCCAUGGCAACCGUCCACCAGCUAGCGUGUGAGGCGUACGACCCCGCGGCGGACUGCUGGACCGCGUUCGAGGCGCUGGCCGUGCCGCACGUCGGAGCGGCGAGCGCAGUCACGGAGGGGCGGUUCUAUGUGCUGGGCGGUUCUGGGUACCGGGACCACGCUAACUUCCACAUGGUGCACCGCUACGACCCUGCCGCCAGGCGCUGGGAGAACAUGGGCGGGAUGCCCGGGCCGCAUGCCGACAUACGGGCGGCCAUUUUGUGCUUGCCACCACCAUUACGGUCAUUAGGGCGAAUGUUAUAGUUAUUAAUAGUAUAUAUAUAUCAGUGGCGGCUGGUGGUUUUUAAAGUGAGAGAGGAAGGACUGCGCGCUUGGUUGCCAUUGGCCUGCUUGCACUAGUGGCAUAUGGUGGCAUAAGUAUGUGAGACUCAAGUUGUUUCAGGAUGUUUUGGUGAACUACAAAAUAGCAGGGUGGGAUAAUUAUGUGAAUUGAUACAAAUCUACCAGUGGCAGUAUUGCCACUGGUGGAUUGCCACUACAAGGACAGAAGGAAAGGAUGCAAAGCUAAUUCGUCAAAUCAGGCUUACUUUUGAUUUGUAAAACUAAAUAAAAAAAUCUGGGCCUAUCAUUGGGCCUAUUUUUGCCCACAAUAAUUGAAGCUAUAGUUUUAAGAAAAAGACAUAAGACCAAAAUUCAUGCCAUCUAAAAUGCAUCAUGCUCUGAAUCAUUCACUAACAUCCUUUCCACAAUAUCAAUAUCAACAGUCAGAGUAACAAACAAUUAAAAGAACAACAAGAACGUUAUUUCACAACUACUUGCAUGGGAUGUAAGCCUAACAUUGUUUGAGGCAAAUGUGGCACUCUCCCAUUGAACACCAUGUUAUUCA